AUGGCGUCCAGAAGUGACUCCGCGGGGUCUCUCCGUCCGCGUUCUCGUCGCUCUCUUGCUCAUAUUCCCCGGUCGAGACUGACCUCGACUCUCGACCAAGAAAAUGCAACGACAGUGAUCAGCUCUUCCCAGCCACUUGAUGGACGCCCGAAAUUAACAGGCAGAGACAAGAAGUCUCGCAGCAAGAGUUUAGGUCCAGGGGGUCUGGAUGCACUUCAGGAUUCGAACGGCAAUCGGCGCAAGUCUACGGCGGCCUUUCCUUUGAAAUCUAUUCUCAAACCAACAGUCCCUGUCUCGCCCGUGCGCACUAUUCCAACAUUCGAAGAAACACGCAAACGAACGCCGGCUCGUGCGUCGCAGCCGAGUAGCAGCAACGAAAGCAACCCCCAGGGCGAGGAAGGUCUUUUGAUCGACCUCGAUACUCCUGCUCCCGCUGUAAACAGCUUCGGAGAAGACCGAUCCAACCCCUUUGACAGCUUCAACGCUGCAUCCAUUCGCGAUGAGAUGGCCGCCGCAAGGGAAAAAGAAGAAAAGGAGCAGCGGGAGCGGGAGCGCAAGAUGAUCCUGGAGAAGCGAGAGGCACGUCGCAAGUCGAUGGCAAAUCGCCGUGUUUCAUUCGCUCCCGAAGCCACAUUGCACACUUGGAACGUGGUAGAAAUACCCGACGACUCAACUUCUUCAUCCGCUGCGAACUCGACAAGGCGCGCGUCAUCGUUAGCCGGUUCUGGAAAUCAGACCCCUGCUCGCCAAAGUGAACAAGCCGGACAAACCGAUCCACCCUCCCCUCCUGAUCCAUACGCAGAUUCGGAUGCCGCUCUCUCGCCCGUACAAUAUCCAGACCUGCAGCAGCUACAAAGCCAGUCAACUAAUGGAAGCUACGAUGAUCUUGGCUCUUCUCAGGAGAUGUUUUCGAGCCCCUUCAGCGGAAGCUCAGCAGACGGGACUGAAGACUUGGGAAUGCAGAGAGACGAUGGUGACGAUGACGACAACUCGUCGGCUUCUGGAUUCGACGGCGAGAGCACCGCUAUGAGCUUGGAUGAUAUGUCGGUUCAUUCUGCGGCCUCGGUUCAUUCGGAUGGUUCCGAUUCCACCACUAGCAGCGCUCGCUUAAACGAAGCCUUGCGACAAGCGGCUAGUGAGGCUGGAACCCGUGACUUUGAGGAUGACGAUGGAGACAUGUCUAUGGAAAUGGCGGACCAAGAGAUUACAGGAGCUUUCCAGCCAUGGAUCAAAAAAGGUCAGCGCGAGAGUUUCGAUUGGGCAGACAUCAGUGCUCGAUAUGACCAGGAAAACGCUCCGCCUUCAAAAUCAAUGGUCGAUGCGCCCGCCGCUGCAGCUGACGAAGAUGAUGCAAUGGACGAGGACUUCAGCAUGGAGGUUACCAAUGCCAUUGGCCGAAUCCUUCCCAAUCCCGCGAGCCGUCGCAAUAGUGAAAUACGUCGCAAGUCAUUAAGCGAGGAGACCAACUACGAUGAACAGACCAUGGAAUUUACCAACGUCGUAGGAGGAAUCGCGCAGCCUGUCUCUCCCGCGAAGUCCACAGGGGCGGAAAGUAGAAACGGAGAUGAGGAGAUGACUAUGGAGUUCACCUCCGUCGUCGGUGGCCUACUCAAUAGACUGGGCUUUGUCAACACGACGGACGAGAACAAUUCUGGUGAGCAAGAAAGCACUUUUGAAUCUGGGAACAAUGGACGGGUUUUCUCUGAAUGGGACAACGGGGAAGACAUGGAUGGUGAUAUGGACAUGGAGACCACGGGGGCUAUCGGUGGCAUUAUUCCUGGCUCUCAGGAGAGUAAUGCCGCUGAAGAUGACGACCAUACUAUCGGGAUGGACAUGACUGCUGCCGUAGGAAAAAUCCUAGAACCAGAGGCAGAGGUGCAGAGAUCAUUCGAAGACCGAGAGACCCCAGAGCGGGAGCUCGAGCUCGCUCAGUUGGACAGUUCGCCCUUUCAAGAGACAGUACGGCAGUCACCAGCCAAGUCACCAGCCAAGUCACCAUCACCAGCCAAAUCUUACUCCGGAGCACCAGCCUCGUUUCAUGUUGCAGCUGUGGCAUCGGAAAGUGGCAGUCCUAGCCUCGCAAGUGUACGGACCCGCCGAUCGAGGCAAAGUUCGAUUCAUGCAGCGUCCACUACACCUACGCCUCGUACCCCUGAGGCAUCCACACCGAAGAAUGUAGACCCUCCGUCUAACUCAACCACACCAGCGGAUAAUGCACUUCUAACUUCGAGAACAACGUCGUCUGCCAGAGACGCAGACGCAGAAGCAGAAAACGCCUCGCCGCAAAGGCCGGUUCAGUCAAAUGCACAAGGAUCUGCAAACGAUACUACAUCACCAAAUCGCAGAAGCUUGUUCGAGCAAAGUCUCAAUGGAAAACCAGCUCCCCUUUUUGUACUGCAACCACAUGGUACAAGACGAUCCUCCGGCCUUGGUAUUGACAAGGAAGGACUUGGAUCGCCUCGAGUGGCUGCUAUGCUCGACAAACGCCGGUCUAUUGGUGAAGAAGCGCCUGAUUUUAUCCCCCAGGAGCAGCCAAAGCAAGGCGUACGCUUUGAAGACCCCGUAAAGCUACAGGAGGAGGUGGACCGUGAACGCGAAGAGGAGGUGAAUAGGGAAGAUGGGUUUAUCUCACCUCCGAAAUUGAGCGACAGGGAUCCUACGGCGAGUCUCAAGGAUAUGAUUUCAAGCCUGACACCCAAGAAGAAUAAGCUUCGUGGUAGAAAGAGCUUGCAUGUCGGAGCCGCACGUGGUCUGCUGGGAAAAAGACCGAUUGAGCUGGAUCUGGACGAGGAUGCAGACUCUGAUAGCACGCCAAAGCGCUUAAGAGGCCGUGAGAAUAGCAGCCCGGUGAAGAAAUUCAAGCUUCCAGCUCAUUCGGCCAAUGACACUCUUGGACGUGGACUGCAGUCUCCAUCGAAGUCCGCCAGCGCACACUCCCCGCUCAAAUUCAGCACGACACCAAUACAAGCAUCGAGAACGUUCUCUGCCACUGCGAGUCCUGUGAAAGACAAUACGGAAACUGAAGUCAGUACGGAAACAACCGAGGUGCAAGAUACGACAGCAGAAGAGACUGGGCCGGAGAUCGAGCCAAUACAGCUGCAGGAAUUCCUCAACAUGACCAACAUUCACUUCAUGGAGCUUACGACCACGAGAAGGAGGCACACUACUGCACCAGACAGCGCUCGAAAACGAAUGCUUCGACUUUCUAGCGAGAAUGAAAGAAGUCCCGCAAGUUUUGAAGAGUGCGUGGCUGCUGGCUUCUGCACCGUGCCGUUGCUUGAGUUGUUCCAACAUUCUUGUAGGGAGUUGAAGUCAUACAUAAACGAAGGCAGACAGGUGAUUCGUUCAAUCGAGACCGAGACACUGGCUGAUAACCCACCAUUGUUCCGCGAAUACAUGACAGCUCCGCCGGACGUCCGCUUACUAAUGGAUAACCAAUUCCGCAAUGUGAAGACUCAUGCUCGCCUUCUUAGUAAAGCUACAUGGUAUGAGUGGCGCAUGAAGCUAUUGGAAGGUCUUAGGGAUGGCCUCAUUCGUCACGUGCAAGAUAUGAAGGCAGACGAUGAUCUUCUCGCAAAGCAUGAGGCUCUUCUGAGCGACACAGUACCUGCUCUUAUCGAAAAACACUCCAUUCUUGAGGCGGAAGCCACAACCCUGCAGCAAUUGGCAGACGAGCUUGAGAACUGUGAUCAGGACGAGCUACGCAGCGCGCGGGAGAAACUUGCCGGCGUUGAAGACGAGAUCGCGCAGAAGAAGAGGCUCCUGCAGGAAAUGCAGGCCGAACUUGAGGACAAGACUAGCAUCCUUGAAACUGGAACGGAGGUCAAAGCCGAAUACAUGGCUCAAAUCCAGGAAGCCGAACGCAUCAAGGCGGAAUGCCGCGGCUGGAGUGCGCAAGAAAUCGGCGAAUUGAAAGAGUCAGUGCGCAGCAUCGAGUGCCAAACCGGCUGGAGCAUCGUAUCAGCGACGGCGUCGGAUGGCUCCAGUCCUGCAGGUCCAGCGGUGACUAUGUCCUACCAGCGUCAGCUUCAGCUCACGUUCCACCCUGCAUCCUUCCUCAUCAAUAGCAACAACAGCAGCAGCUCCGCCUCUAAUGACAAGCGCACCAACGCACCCAUCACGCUCAAAUACGCUCCCACCCCAGAUGCUAUGAAGCACAACAACCCCGCAACUCCGCACCUUUCCGCCAUCACCCCCCUCGUCCUCAACUCCCUCCAGGCCCAUCUAACCACCAUUCCGCACUCCCGCACCGCCCCUAAAGACCUUCUCCACUUCAUCGCCCAAGCAUGGGACCUGACCCUUAACCUCGAAGAAGAAGCCCGCCUUCUCGAGUUCUGCGGGGUGACCAAGCUCAAGCUCCUCAAUGGUGAAGCCACCGGAUCCAAAACCCCAUCCCUUCGCGCGCGCUGCACUCUCCUCGGCCCUGCACCUCUUCCCUCCGCGACCAACUCGAACCCGACUAGAGCAACAACCCCCUCCCGAAUCGACGUCGACUUCGCCGUCCAGACCCGCAUCAUCCCCCCAGAGAACGGUGCGGGCAUCGGACAGCUGGAUCUACAGACCGACGUCCUGGCCAGCAAAGUGUACGGCUUCAACAGCAGCAGCAAGACCAAGAAGGAACUCUCGGAGACGGAGAUGCGGAGUAUCCUGAACAAGGGUCUGUUGGGGUCUAGUUCCUCGCCCGAGAGCGAGGUCAAACUCGGCCGUGGAGUCUGGCGGACGGCGGUGAGGAAGUUGACCGGAACCGUCUUUUAAUCAAAAUCCAAAGUUAUUGACGCCUUGCAUUCUUGUUUGAUGAAAGGGGAGUUCCGGAAUGGCUUUGCUUUCUCUAUGGAAUCAGAGACGGUGGGACUCGCUGGGCUGUUUUGAUCUUGUGUUUUCAGGCGUUCUUGUUCCAUUUCAAUGUUCAUAUCGAACCUUUCUUUCCCCUCGCUUUCCAUGUUGAUAAUUUCCAGAAAGUGCGUGUGGGGAGUUCUGCAUAUGUGUUCGGUACGGGUUUAGUAAGUGGAGUUUGCCGCGGUGCAUUCGAUCAUUGUUACCUUAGG